AUGAAGAUCGUACCAUUCACCUUCGCCGUCCUUGCAGUAACAUGUGUUGCAGUCCAAGCCAUCGAUCCUAUGGCCCCUACCGGAGACAACCCACAGAACUAUGCUUGGGCUCCUGAAGGCGGCAACAAGGAACUUGCGAAUCAACAGGAGGAAUUAUCCUCGACCAUUUCUGAACUCGAAUUCCGUUCACAGUUCUUGACCCAUUUGGAGAAUAGCAGUGACUUCAAGGCCAUGGCUGUCAACUGCGACGGAGCCAAGAGCAUCAUCAAGCAUGCCUUCGAGGCCGCCAAGAGUGUCAUCGAUAUCGUGAUCAACAUCCCAGUAGUCGGCAAGCUGCUGUCUUAUGUCAAGACGGCCUUCGAUAAACUCAACAGCAUCGUGGAUUCAGCAUUGACCUUUGGAAACAGUGCCUCGUACCUCUCCGUCAACCUGAUCUUUUCUGCGGCCAAGACGACGCUGAGUGUGAUUGCCACAGGACCUCUAAAGUCUCUGUACAUGCCUUUCCUGCGCCUCUUGACAAGCAUCCAAUCCACCGUCAACGAUCUCGUCAAGUGCGUGACCGGAACGUCCAAAGUCCGGAUCGAGGUAGCCCACUGCAACGAUCUCGCGAAUCUCUACCGCCUCGUGGUCUCGGAGUCGGUCAAGACCAGCCCGGCCCUGAACCUGCCCGCGGAUGCAUCUCCUGAGCUGAAGAGAUUGGCGGCUGGAUCGCUCUCGCUCCUGGAUCUGCUCGAGAAGUCGUCGAUUGCUGCCAAGAACGAGGAUCUCUUGACCACCCGCCCGAUCUUUGCGGCCGAUGUCCUCAAUCAGUACCGCACCGAGCUCCUCCGUGUCUCUAAGACGGACGAGAUCCGAGAUUAUGCCCAGGCUUCCCUGACCACUGUCGUCGGUAUGUCGAAUGCCCUUGAGGCCUGCCUCCGUGUCGCUGCCGAUCCUGUGGGCGCUAUCGACGAGCUCAACGAAGAGUUGGAGGCCCAGGCGUUCUACGAUGAGGGCGAUGAGAAUGAGGGCGACGGGGAUGAGGGUGACGAGGACUAUUAG